CAGUGCAGGAGGAAGUUGGCUCACAAUGGCACUAUGUCUGCCUCUUUGUGUGGUAACAUGAGAGGCUCUCAGGUGAAGACCAGUCUGCUGCUGCUGCUGCUGCUGCUGCUGCUGACCAGUUCCACUAGGACAGAGGAGGACCUUAGCGACACAACAGGAGAUCCACCAGAAACAAAUGGUUCAGAUCCCAUUUCAACACUUCAACCUUCCUCCACAGAAAGUCAUUCUUCAGAAAAAGGUGACGAGACUGAAGGCUCCGGUUCAGGAGUUUAUGAUGGAGGCACUCCAGAAAAUGAAACGAGUACAGAUUCAGCAAACGAACAGGAUGAUGGGAGUUCCACCAUUACCCUGAUUAUUGUAGUUCUUGCAGUCGUAAUUCUUGGCAUGAUAGUCGGUGGGAUUUCAUUUUUCUGCCAGCGCAACAAGAAAGCGAUAAAUCAAGCUUUGAGUAAAGAAGAUCCAUAUUUGGACGGAUCCAGCACAGAGAAGGUGCCAAUGCCGAUGUUUGAGGAAGAUGUGCCUUCUGUACAGGAGCUCGAAAUGGAGGAAUUGGACCAGUGGAUGAAAAAAGACAAUUCCCCCACUGCAAGUUAAAGAAUGCUCUGAUGUCCACAGACACAGUAAACAAAGCACAGUCGCCAGCCCCCGAUGCUUUGAUCUUUCUGCAAAAGCCUAGCAACAUGUGCCAUCAGAGGAGCUUGUCAACCAUCAGGAGGCAACGACUCUAGGAGACAUUUUUACAGUAAAAUAACGAGUUUUAAAAUCUCAUCUUUCUUUGAGUAAAACCUCCUGACUGUCUUCAGUGGACAGCAACAUGCAACAACUGCACUAGUUCAACAUUGUCUCUCUCAGUAUGAACAAUCAUUAGUGUAGCAUUGAUGUUUUCUGUCAUCUUUUUGCUUUUUGGUACAUGCAUCCAGGACUGAACAUGUCACAAUUAAACAUACUAAAAAUACAGACCUGUAGAUCCCAAAUGCUGUCUGAUUUCUGUAAUAUCACCCUGUUUGUAAGUGUGUGAUUUCCUUUUACAUUUCAUGGCUCCAGAUGGUUUUUAUACAUAGUAAGCAUACAUGACAUGGAGCUGCUGCUUUAUGGAUGCUUCUGAGGUUUUUGAUAAAUUAUUACCUUUUGCUGAAGCAGCCUUCUGAAAGCUGUUUCUGGGAAUAUUUUUUUCACUGCACAUAACUCACAACUCUGAAUACCUGGUAUCUACUGUUGCUGUUCAGAUGUUUUGUUUCCAGUUUUGGCUUUAAACUGCUGGAUUUAAACUGUGAGGCUUUUUUUUCAGUGUCAAUCAGUGUUGUUUAAUUGUAAAUUUCAGAUUAUCAAAAUAUUUUAUUGACUUCUGUAAAAAUGUAAUAUCAGGGUGUUUUUCUUUUUUGCUAACGACCUUUAAAUAAAAUUUUAGUAAAUAAAACCCAAUGAAAUGAU